UUUUUUUUUCCUUUUUCAAUUCCAUGCGUUUUAGGUGCUGUGCCCCCGCCGUACGCCGCCUCACGUGACGGAUGGGUUGCGUGCUCGGGACGCCGGCGGGAGCCGGAGAUCAGCGCCGUCGCCGGAGAGAGAAGCGUGAGGCCGCUGCCGAGGGAGGUAAUAAUGUCGUUAGGGUUCGAGAGAGGGAGAGGAACCACCACACCGGCGAUUUUCCGGCGCCGGAGCGCCGGAAACCUAGACUCGAUCCGUGCGCCGUCACGCAGCAGGGAUGGCCGUCGUGGUUGAUGGCCGUCGCCGGCGAAGCAAUCGGCGAUUGGACUCCUCGUCGCGCGAACACGUUCGAGAAACUCGCUAAGAUUGGGCAAGGGACGUAUAGUAAUGUGUAUAAGGCGAGGGACCUUGUUACGGGGAAGAUUGUGGCAUUGAAGAAAGUGAGAUUUGAUAAUUUGGAGCCGGAGAGUGUUAAGUUCAUGGCGAGAGAGAUACUUGUUUUGAGGAGGCUUGAUCACCCCAAUGUUGUGAAGCUUGAGGGUUUGGUUACUUCUAGAAUGUCGUGCAGUCUUUAUUUGGUGUUUGAGUAUAUGGAGCAUGAUCUUGCAGGGCUUGCUGCUGGCCAAGGUGUUAAGUUCACUGAACCUCAGGUUAAAUGCUUUAUGAAGCAAUUACUCUCUGGUCUUGAGCAUUGCCACAGUCGAGGCGUGUUGCACCGUGAUAUCAAGGGUUCCAAUCUGCUUAUUGACAAUGAAGGAGUCCUUAAAAUUGCAGAUUUUGGACUGGCAACUUUUUAUGAUCCUAAGAUAAAACAGGCAAUGACGAGCAGAGUUGUGACCCUUUGGUAUCGUCCCCCUGAGCUGCUUCUUGGGGCUACAUUGUAUGGUGUUGGUAUUGACCUUUGGAGUGCUGGUUGCAUCUUGGCAGAGCUGCUUGCUGGAAAACCAAUAAUGCCUGGCCGAACAGAGGUUGAACAACUGCACAAAAUAUUUAAAUUGUGUGGUUCUCCAUCUGAGGAAUAUUGGAGGAAGUAUAGGUUGCCAAAUGCUACCAUCUUUAAACCCCAGCAGCCAUAUAAACGUUGCAUCUCAGAAACAUUCAAGGAUUUUGCUCCAUCUUCACUACCCUUAAUUGAAACUCUUCUUGCAGUAGAUCCCGAUGAUCGAGGCACUGCCUCAGCAGCACUAAAUAGUGAAUUCUUUACCACAGAGCCCCAUGCUUGUGAACCAUCGAGUUUGCCAAAGUAUCCUCCCAGCAAAGAAUUGGAUGUAAAACUGAGAGAUGAAGAAGCAAGAAGGUCCUCUUGUUUUUUUCUUGUAUUUGAUAAUAAUUUCUGGAUUGAUUUUAUAGAGUUUCUCAUUGAUUGUUUCCGUUUCAUCAUCAGGCAAAAGGCUCUAAAUGGAAAAGCUAGUGCAGUUGAUGGUACAAAAAAAGUCAGAACAAGAGAGCGUGGUCGGGCCAUUCCGGCCCCUGAAGCCAAUGCAGAGAUCCAAACAAACUUAGAUAGGUGGAGAGUUGUGACCCAUGCAAAUGCAAAAAGCAAGAGUGAGAAAUUUCCCCCUCCUCAUCAAGAUGGUGCUGUUGGAUAUCCACAGGAUGCAUCGAAUAAAGGACCUGUUUCGUUUGGCGCCCCUGACACUUCCUUUUCUUCAGGGAUAUUUAAUCCAAAACCUUCCGCACCUGGUAGAAGUCAUGCUGCUGCUGCAGGAGUUUACAGAGGGAGGAAAACUAAAAAAGAAGAGCCUCAGAUGGCGUCAUCGUGGAAAUUCAUGCGUCCAUUCAAGCCAUCAACAGUUGGACUUUCUAUGGAUUUAUUAUUUAGGAGCAAAUAAUCAGUUUCUUUUGAUUUUGGCAUCCUAGAAUGAAUGAGGAUAGCAAUGAUUUAGGCCAUGAUACAUCUUCUUGCAUUUCGCAAUGGUUUUCAAUUUUUCUCUUGCACUCCUAUUUUUUGUAUUUCAUUUGGCAUAAAGUUGUUGCUGUAUAAUCUACAACGGGGAUCCUUACAUUUGUAUAUUUAGAGGAUUAAAUACUCCUGCUGUACAGUUUCUGGGAGGAUUUGUUCUUCAGUCAAUUUAGCUAGUAAAUGAUUUUUAUAAAAAGUAGUGUCACGUCUAAUGUUUUA